AUGGACGCCCAAGCCUACCUCAUCCGCCAUGGCUGGUCCGGUCCCGGUAACCCGCUUAAUCCCAACCGCCGUCCUGGGGCCCAUAGUGGCCUCGGCCUGACCCGACCUCUCCUGAUAUCGCGCCGCGAAAACAAGAUCGGCAUUGGACAAAAGUCCACCAAAGACCCGACAAACCAGUGGUGGCUGCGCGGGUUUGAGGAAGCUUUGAGAGGAGUGGGUCAGGAUGGAAGUGCCACGCCGGGGGAAGAUGGCAAUGACGGCAAUUGCCUGACCAGGAAUGGGAGCCAAUUGUACAAGUUCUUCGUGAGGGGGGAGGUCAUUCCGGGGACUUUGGAUAAGAAGAAAGACAGUACAAAAUCUGCUGUCGCGGAUGACUCAAGCAAGGACAUAAAAAAAAAGGAGAGAAAAGAGAAGAAAGAGAAGAAGGAAAGGAAGGAAAAGAAAUCCGAUGAAAAGAAGGCGGAGAAGAAGAAGCGAAAAAGAGACCAACACGAAGACAAUGCGAAAAGCGAUGAUGAUCGCAAGCGCAAGGAAGAAAAGAGAAAAAGACGCAAGUUGAAAGAGGCAGAAGAUGCAGCCAUUGAUUCCGAAAAGAAGUCUUCGAAAAAGAGCAAGAAAUCAAAGACUGCACAAUCGCCAAGCUCCACCGAGCUACCCAAUAAUAACGACUCUCCAGAUCAGCAAAGUAUCGACAAGAAAAAACGCAAAGAGAAGAAGGAGAAAAAGAAGAGGAAGGCCGAGGACAUUUCAGCUGAAGAUGAUUACCCAACCCCUGACUCGUCUACGAACGAAGAUUCAAUAAGAACUGCAAAGAUUUCAAAAGAUAAAAAGCCAAAGGACAAGACUAAAAAGUCCAAGGAAGAGAAAAAAGAGAAGAAAAGCAAAAGGAGGAAAGAGAACAAGGAACUUGCAGAGUCGAACGAAUAA